CAGAAUCACAGCUCCCCCCUGGGGUCUAGCCCACCCUCCACCCUUAGAGAGGCUCCUGCACCAGAACACCUGUCUGCUCACCUCUAACUGAUUGCCGGGCCCCGCUCUCACUGCCGCCGGGAUUGCUCCAGUAAAAAUGUCGAGUGAGGAAGGUAAAGCAGAAGAGGCCGGCACUGAGACUGAGCUGGAGAAGAUUGCCGAUCUUAUAUUGAGGGACAAUGGGGAUGUAGUGCCAGAGGACAGUCCACAGACUACUGAAAUACAAAAGAUGUCAGAUGCUGAACCAGAUCGGAACUGUGAAGGACAAGAACCCCAAGUGAUCCAAACACAGCCAAACCCAUUGGAGUGUUGUGACCCUGUGAGCUUAGAACCAGUGACUGAUGUCAGACCCACUCAUGAAGAACAAGAUAAUCCAGACACAGACGCAAAAGGAAGCACCUGGACUACUUGGGGAACAUGGGGUAAAUCCCUCCUAUCAUCAGCCAGUGCAACUGUAGGCCAUGGGAUCUCUGCCGUGAAGGAGAAAGCAGGAGCCACUUUGCGGAUCAGGACCUCAGAGUCUGAUGAAGGUUGUGAUGCCGGAGGCUCUGAAGCUGUAGAACAAGUAUUGACAGAAAAAGAAGAUUGCCCCGCAGAACCUUUGUCACCUUCUACGAGUUCUCGCGGUGUAUUUUCAGCGUUAACGAAUGUCGUACAAAAUACGGGUAAGUCCGUUCUGAGUGGUGGCCUCGAUGCCUUGGAGUUUAUUGGGAAGAAGACCAUGAAUGUACUUGCAGAAAGUGACCCUGGAUUUAAGAAAACUAAAAUUCUUAUGCAGAGAACAGUAUCUUUAUCACAGAUGUUGAGGGAAGCUAAAGAGAAAGAGAAGCAGAGGCUGGCGGAGCAGGUGUCUGAUGAGAGGACCGCUCACUAUGGGAUGCUGUUUGAUGAGUACCAGGGCCUGUCACACCUGGAGGCUUUGGAAAUACUCUCCAAUGAAAGUGAGACAAAGGUCCAGCUGUAUCUAUCAUCAUUGGGAGAAGAAAAGCUAGAACCGUUAAAAGCAGAUCUUAUUGUGAUCAAGGAGAUUUUUCUUCAGAAAGAGUUUGAUAAUGAAGAGGAAACGUGUGCUAAAGAGGAGGAGACGGAGGAGUUUGCCAGCAUGCUUACAGAGUUACUGUUUGAGCUUCAUGUUGCUGCUACGCCUGACAAGCUGAAUAAGGCGAGGAAGAAAGCCCAUGACUGGCUGUCUUCAGAAAGCCUAAAUUCAGAAGGACAGGCAGAAAAAGUGGAUGUGGAUGUUCAGGAGGCGGAGGGCACGGUAACAGAAGUCCUGAAGGUGACAGAGGAAGAAAGAGACAAAGCUGAUGUUAAAGAAAUCAGCACUGAAGAUAUAUACAUGACGUCUAUUGAAAACUUGGCAGAAAUCACCGCCCGCUGCAUUGAGCAGCUUCAUAAGGUGGCAGAAUUAAUACUUCAUGGACAAGACGUAGACAAGCCGGUGAAAGACCAAGCAGUUGUCUUAACAAAGCUAACCGGUGCUAUGUGCAAGGAAGUUUCCUCGUUAUCAAAGAGUUUCUCUGACUCCGUGACUUGUGUUGGGAGCCAGCUGAAGGCAGAAGCCCUAAACCCCAUGGUCAACAGUAUACAGCUGGAGGGAAAUAACAGCAAAACCUACAUUCAAGACGCUUUCCGGCUUCUGCUACCUGUACUGCAGUACUCCCACAUACAGGCAACCUCUCCUAAGGUGUAACACCCUCUCUAUCACAGCACCUCCGAACAAAGCUGUGUCAUGUGACUGCAGCGUCUAUAGCUGAUUGGUUGUUGGGGAUACACUGCUGGGUCCGGUAUAUGCAAAUUUGCACAUUGUAGGAAAAAGAAAAAAAACAAUGUUGGGAUUUUUUAAGAGUAGAUGAAUUCUAUAGUUAUUUAAAAUGAUUCUGCUUAAGAAACGUGUGAACAAUGUAUCAACAGAUUUACAGCAAGAAUAGGGAUAGGUGUCUGGCAACGAGUUGCACAAAUGCCACAAUGUGUUUGUCCAAAUGACACCUUUACAAACUCAUUGCUGUUAAUGAAGGAGGGUGUCCCUGCCCGGACAAAUUGCUACGUACAGAUCGGUUGUGUGAGCUGGUAGCAAUAUCCUGUCGAGUCAUUGUUUACCGCAACGAUUAAAAAGACAUGAUUUCAAUAUUUCAAUCUAGAAUAUCACUUUUACUACUCUAUGGGGGGAAUUCAAAUAUUUGAAAAGUCAGUUGGGUGUCUGUUUUUUCCUUUCUUAUAGACAGGGGAAAAAUACACCCAACCGACUUUUCAAACAUUUGAAUUCCCCGCAUAUAUAUUAGUAAGCUGUUUCAUCUGUAGAAAUUCACUUAUGGAUCUUUACAUCCAAGGUGAUGUGCAAGAGAACCCAUUAUUACUACAAUGCCACUUUUUAAUGACAAUAUUUAUACUAUAUCAUUAUGUGAUUGUAGCGUUAUUUUGAAUAUGCUGAUGAUGUCACGAUGCAAAGUAGAUUUCCGAUGCUAGUGAUGACCUUUGGGCAGAACUGACGGAUAUACAUACUGUACCUUGAGAACAAACACUUCAUUUAAGUUGUGUAAAUAGGUUUCUAAAAGAGGAGCUAUACUGGAGUACAUGAUCAUUUAUUAGGAUCAAUGUAUUCAAGACACCCCAGGAAUUUAUGAUGCCCAUUAGCAAUGAGGAUAAUACUGAUAUAUUGCACAGAAUUGAUGCAAAAUUCUAAAAAUUCUAAAAAUCGAUAAAUAGCAAAAUCUCAUACAAACCUGUUACCAUAUAACGGUGAGGUACAAAGCAUUGUUGUUGUGUAAGAAAUGGCCUGGGUAUGUGGCCAGACUACACUGGACCUGGCCGUGGGUGGCACGCCAGUCAUUUUGAACAUUAUUGUCUUGUUUACUAAUAAUUAGUUAUUUCCAUGUUAUAGGUUUGUAACCAUGGGCUCAAUUAGGGACAAGAUUUUUCCACUUAUUUACAUUAUGGGGAUAGGUGCAGUGGGGGUUGGGUCCAUUUAAAGCUACGGCCCGGGAUGGAUUGGCUUGGUUGGCGUGACUUAGACACUGGUCUAGGAGAUUACAAAAUGUAAAACAGGGCCUGGUGCCGACUACAGAGACAUAGGACAUUUACAGCCUAUUUAUAUGCUUUUCUUUCAGAGAUAUAUUUAAAUAGAUUGCGCAUGAUUACAUUGAACAGCAGACUCUCAUUACCUCUGUAGAGUGGAUUUACUAUUGCAAUAUGCUUUCACCUCUUCAUUUCCAGAUCUUUCAGCUUUGAGAAACCAUCGCUCUUCUUGUUCCGUUUUACAUUUCAGAGUUUGUCCUCUAAUUCUAACAAUCCAUUUUACACUACACGAGUAUAAACCGAUGCAGCUGUCAGUGAGGACAUACAUCAGUCUCUAAUAGAAAUGGUUUGUGUCUAAGUGAAAUUGCUGCUCCGCCUGCGUGGCGAGUGUCAGCUGUUCUAAUGUGGACAGAUAAAAGAUCAUUCCAUGUUUAAGUGAUAUCUGUAAUAAACUGGUGCUGACCCGAGAAA